AUCGAUGCCAAGAUGCAUCUAUAGACUCGAUCAUUACGUCACAGUGUCCUGUACUAGCAGUGCAUGGACUGCCAAACAGUCUCGACGCCGCUGAAGCAUCGAUACGACCCGAACACGACAGAAGUGCGUCUGCUGAGCCCUGACGACGUACAGCUGCACCGCCCGUCGGUACAGACUCAUGCAUGGUCUCUGCGCUCCGCAGACGCCAGACAUGUCGGCAAAGCAGGAUAAAGCGACUGUGCUCAUCCUCGCCGGCCUACAGUACGGACCUACGAGAGCAUUGGUCACCUACCUUUCUCCCUUGGCUCAGCACAUCCGCAUCGUCGACAAGGCCCUCGUCAUCUUGCCCGGUGCAAAGAGCGAGCAAGAUGGAGGGAGCACGAGCAAGAGCGGAGAAGAGAGCGUUUGGCUCUGCUACUCUGAUCCGGAGUCCAAGGCGGUGUUCGAGCAAGGCGCACGAGACUGGCUUGUGAGCACCGACGACUCUGCAGGACGGCGUAUAGAAUACCUACAGGGCAAUCUGCUCAGAGAAGACACUCGACAGAAAGCAUUCAGCUUGCCCAGCGCAUUCAGUGGCAAAGCGAGCAGCUACGACUAUGUCUUUGACUUCACGGGCGAAUACGACUUUGAAGGCGAUGAACAGCUUCAUCUCGAACGAACAACUCUGCUCGCCGCCCAGCUCGGUAAGCUCGCUGCUGAGCUCAGAGUCAAGGCCUAUGUACGACUUUUGCCGCCCUACUAUCAGAUCAAGGGUGACAAAGCAAAGCGAUGGAAGACGCCCAUCUCAGAGUCAGAUCUUGCCUUGCCUUGGAACCGGCGGGCCAGGUGGCAUCACGAAGCCGUGCGCGCACUCGCCAGUAUACCCAGUCUCAACCUCGUCAUUGCUCGUCAUGCCACGCUCUACGGACGCUACAUGCUCAACGGGCUAGCAAAGAGACUGCUCAUCGGCUCGGUCUAUCAGUACCUGCAAGAGAAGAUGGAAUUCCUUUGGGGCGAGGAUCUGCCACAGUACACCGUGCAUGUUGACGAUCUGUGUCGCGCGAUGUGGGCACUGGCCGACUGGAUGAGCAAGACUGGCCGGAUCAAAGGCGAUGAACUUGCCAGUGCAAAUCUCGCGCCAUGCCGUCCCAUACCAAGCUGGGUGAAUGAUUAUGUAAGUACAGCAGCCGGCAAUCCUGCGGAGAGUAACGAGCCAACGCAAAAUACCUUGAGCAAAAAGCAAGCAAAGGCCGCAGCGGCCGCAUACGACGAUACCGAGAUCGAUACUCUGCUUGCCAAGCGUACAGCAACAGUGACGGCGCCCUUGUUCAAUAUCGUCGAUCAGGGAGCAACAAGUCAGGGGCACAUCUCGGCUAUCGUGGCAAAACUAGUCGGCGUCAAGUCUGGCUUCCAUGGUUCGCUGAUCAAUCAAUUUGCCAAGCUCAAUAUGGACGCUGUCCUCGAAGACGCCAAUCAGAAACACCUAGAAUGCUGGCCAGAGAUGCUCGCUACAUCUGAUCCGCCCAUCUCGAACGCAUACCUGACCCCAUAUCUCGCUCGAGAACAGCUGCUCAAUGAACCCAUCAUCCUCAACGGCGACAAGCUAUGCAAGCUACUUGAGUUCGAAUACAAGCACCCGCGAGUGACCGAACAAGGCCUGCGGGAUAUGCUCGAUGCCUUCAGAGCGCAGAAUAAUGUGUGGCCGAACGCCAAGAAGAGUUCCUCAUGACUGCUCACGCGCGGCACUGCACAUAGACACGUCAGCUGCUCUGACCUUUUCCAAAACAGCAGGACUAUUAGUAGCGUGCAUGUGAAGCAAUGCAUUGUGACAGAUGUGCGGUG